AUGUACGAGCUCGCCCACGCGCUGCGCCGCAACACCAACGAGCUCCUCUGGCUCGCCUGCACGCUCACCGACCAGUUCGUCCACGACCGCAUCACCAACGAGCGGUACCAGGCGGCGGUCAUGGGGCUGGAGCAGCACGUCAACGGCUCGGGCAACCUCGACCCGUCGGGCGCUGGUGCAGUCGUCACGCUCAAGGACGGCACCAAGGUCCGCGCGCCCGAGGCGUCCCGCAUCGCCUACGAGGACGAGCCGCGGCUCAUGCUGCUGCGAGAGUGGAGCCUCUUCGACUCCAUGCUCUGCUCCUCCUACGUCGCCACCAAGCUCAGGACGUGGACCGACAACGGCCUCAAGAAGCUCAAGCUGCUGCUCGCCAGGAUCGGGUUCCCGCUCGCCGACUGCCAGAAGAGCUUCCAGUACAUGAGCAUGGAGGUCAAGCGCAAGAUGCGGGGCGAGUUUGACCGCUUGCUGCCUGAGUACGGCCUCACCGAGUUCUACUACCGGAGCUUCUUAAGGGUGCACGGGUACAGUUCCAAGGUUUCGGCUGCAGACGUUGUGUAUGGUGUCACGGCGUUGCUUGAAUCGCUGAAUGCCGAGUCCAAUGUCACAAAGGAGUCUUCUGCUGCCGAGCAGUUUUGGGCUGCAUACUCAGCAUUGUCGCUGAGCAAUGUUGAUCAGUUGCAGAAAGGGAUGCAGUCUGCAAUUGAGAUCCAGAGGGCGAUUUUGAGGCAAGGAAGCUCGGCCAUUAGUAAGACAGGGUUCAUACGGAGUGCCAAGAAGUUCCGGUGGGUCAAGCUUGAUGACCCUGUGGACACUAUCAAACUUUGCCACCCACAAGCGCUUACCAAGUUCUGCUUCUUUCUGAUGGAUGCACUGAAGGAAAGGGGUGCGAGGAUGAAGCCGCUGAUCUGUUCUUGCUUAGCAAAGGGGCCUGAGAAGGUACUGGUUGUUGGGGCAUGA